GCGGGAGGAGCGGCGAGCAGAGGGGCGGGGCGGUGCCGUGCGGGCGCGCGGGGGCUGCCGGGAGCUGUAGUCCAGCCGCGAGCGGCCCCGCGGAGCUCGGCGGGCGCGCGGCGGCUGCCGGGAGCUGUGGUCCUUGCGCGCGGCGGCUGCCGGGAGGCGCAGUCCGUGGAGAACGACGGCUCCCGGCGGGGCCCGCGCGCCACAGAGCGGCCGGCCGAGGGGUGCGAGGCGGCGGCGAGCGGUGAGGGCGCGAUGGAGGCGAGCGGCGCGGAGCCGGCCCACGCCGUGGCGCUGCUGCGGGGGCUGAGCGCGCUGCGCGCGGAGCGGAGCCUGCUGGACGUGACGGUGGUGGCGGGCGGGCAGGAGUUCGGCGCGCACCGGGCCGUGCUGGCCGCCGCCUCGGGCUACUUCCGCGCCAUGUUUGGCGGGGCGCUGCGCGAGGCGCGGGCCGAGCGCGUGCUGCUGCACGGCGUGGAGCCCGAGUGCCUGGCGCUGCUGCUCGACUUCGCCUACACGGGCCGCGUGGGCCGCCUGGGCCCCGACAUCGCGGAGCGCCUGCUGCGCGCCGCCGACCUGCUGCAGUUCCCGGCCGUGAAGGAGGCGUGCAGCGCCUGGCUGGCGCGGCAGCUGGAGCCGGCCAACGCGCUGGACAUGCAGGACUUCGCCGAAGCCUUCUCCUGCCCCGCGCUGGCGGCCGCCGCGCACCGCUUCGUGCUGCGCCACGUGGGCGAGCUGAGCGCGCAGCUGGAGCGGCUGCCGCUGGCGCGGUUCGUGUCCUACCUGCGGGACGACGAGCUGUGCGUGCCCAAGGAGGAGGCCGCCUUCCAGCUGGCGCUGCGCUGGGUGCGCGCCGACCCGGCCGCCCGCGCGCCUCUGCUGCCGCAGCUGCUGGCCCACGUGCGCCUGCCCUUCGUGCGCCGCUUCUACCUGCUGGCCCACGUGGAGGGCGAGCCGCUGGUGGCGCGCUGCCCGCCCUGCCUGCGCCUGCUGCGUGAGGCCCGCGACUUCCAGGCCGCCCGCUACGACCGGCAUGACCGCGGGCCUUGCGCCCGCAUGCGACCGCGCCCCUCCACCGGCCUGGCGGAGAUCCUCGUGGUCAUCGGCGGCUGCGACCGCGACUGCGACGAGCUGGUCACGGUUGACUGCUACAACCCACGUACGGGGCACUGGCGCUACCUGGCCGAUUUCCCCGAGCACCUGGGCGGUGGUUACAGUAUCGCAGCGCUGGGCAAUGACAUCUACGUGACCGGAGGAUCAGAUGGGUCAAGACUGUAUGACUGUGUCUGGAGAUACAACUCCAGUGUGAAUGAGUGGACAGAAGUUUCUCCAAUGUUGAAAGCAAGAGAAUACCACAGCUCGACAGUCCUGGAUGGACUGUUGUAUGUGAUAGCCUCAGACAGCACGGAACGUUAUGACCACUCCAUAGAUGCCUGGGAGGCUUUGCAGCCCAUGAUGUACCCAAUGGACAACUGCUCCACCACUUCUUGUCGUGGCAAGCUUUUUGCCAUCGGCUCUCUAGCAGGCAAAGAAUCAAUGAUUAUGCAGUGCUAUGACCCCGAAACUGACCUUUGGUCUCUAGUGAAUUGUGGACAACUGCCUCCAUGGUCAUUUGCACCAAAAACUGUAACUCUUAAUGGGCUCAUGUAUUUUAUAAGAGAUGAUUCUGCUGAAGUGGAUGUUUAUAAUCCAGUGAAGAAUGAAUGGGACAAAAUACCUCCCAUGCUUCAGGUUCAUGUUGGAGGUAGUGUGGCUGUGCUUGGUGGGAAGCUCUACGUCUCUGGUGGCUACGAUAACACGUUUGAACUUUCAUAUGUGUUGGAAGCUUAUGAUCCAGAAAUUCGAACGUGGAGUAUAGUGGGCCGGCUUCCUGAACCCACCUUCUGGCAUGGCAGUGUCAGUAUAUUUCGACAGUUCAUGCCAGAAACUACCCAAGAAGAUGAUGGCAUCACUCUGGAUAACACCAUUAACCUGAACAGGCAGCACCAGCAUCUUCAGAAUCAGAAUCUGAAUGAAUUACGUUAACUGUAGAACCUCUCGUGCCUGUGGCUUGAAGUGCAUUCAUUACAGAUAACCAGUGUCAUUUUGAGACGGGGCAGAAGCCAGUUGAUGCUUGGAGACUGAAACAUCGAUUCAUAAUUGCAAAUAGAGAAGGAGUGAAAAUCCUCAGAGAUUAAAAUACUGCUGUAGAAACAUAGAUUGCAGAAAGUUAGAGGCCUCUUUGGGUGCAGUGUCCCUCAGCCCUUUUCUGCAAAGUGAGAAGGUUCAGUGUAACCCAUGAACCAGCUCUGAGGCAAGCUCUGAAGAAAACAGGUAUUUUAAAUAUCACUUGUAAUUUAAGCACCAUAGUCACUCUUUCAGGGUUGCAUAACAGCUUGUGAUUAGACACCUUUCACAAGGAUCCUGCAGUCAGCAUCUUUCCAUUUGACACUUCACAUUUGCCACCAGAUUCCUUUCUUCUUAGUUUGUUCUCUGGAAGUAGACACAGAAGACAGACAGGACCAAAGUCCCUUAAUGCCCCAGGCCCCUCCUGUUGGAAGAAUGGGUCUAGCAUGGUCUGUUCUGUGCCUGUCUCUCCUCAGUGUUCUGGAAGAGGAUGGACCCUCUUGCUGGUGUGGUUUGAGAGAAGUUCCUUUCCACAUACAAGAAAACAUGAGGAUUAACUAUCUAGCCCUAAAUAUACUGCACCACCAUAGCCUUUCAUCACUGUUCAGGCUUUCACUCAGAACAUACCAUGUGGCAGUGGUGUGAAAAGCUCAUGCAGGUUUGAAUUGGUGGGAUGUCACAUUCCCUCCCCCAACCUUCAGUGUAUGUGUAAUUGACUUUAAAAACCCCACGACACUGUUCCGUCCUGCAGAUAUGUUUGUUGCUUUAAAAUGCUUGCACAUUUCCUGCCCCUUCCUAGGAGGACAGCUCUAUUUCUUUAGAAAAGAUUCACAUUUUCCUCUCUGAGGCAGGCUGGCAGGUCACUUUGGGACUGGUAGUACAUGUCAGUCCUUUAGCAAAGAACCUCUUUUUUUGCAUCCACACCGCGAUAAAGCUGCUGUUUGUAUCAAACUUUAGCUUGCAGCUGAGCUUGGCAGAGAAGUCUCUGCAGCAUGUUCUUGUGUCAAAGUGGGGUUAUUUGCUAUUUGUUAAUGCUAAGUGAGCUCUAAAGACUAACUUGACUCUUUCUUAUCAAGCCCUAAGCACUUGUGCUGGACUGAACACUUGGGCCAUGAAUACUGUUAGAGGCAGAGGACAUGUUCUCAUGACUUAGCCACUUUAAGGUGAUAGAUCAGAAUCUUAUUCUUGGAGAGGAGGACUUAAAAGGUGAUAGGUAGAAAAUAUAGAAGAGCUUCCUGGGGACCCUACCAUAAUUCUGAGCAUUUGGCAAUGUAUUACAUAGAAUUGGAUAUGUAGAUAAACAAUAUAAUAAAGAACUGCUGAGGUAAAUGAUGAUUUAAAAGCUGGAAUCUGUGUGUGUUAAAAAGCCUGGGAGAUUUUUUUUGCAGUUUCAUCACUGCCAUAGCUGCUGGCAUUUGAGCAGUUGAUAAGUGCUAGCUGGGGGCCUUAUAAGAGUAUCCACCAUCAAAAUGAAUUCUGUGUAGGGUGCUGUGUUGCCUUUGCAAGUUCUGCUUUUCAACUUAAGUUUGUAAUAUAACAAGCUUCAUUUUAUUUCCUAUAUUUGACCCAAACAAGCAAGUUUCAUUAGAAGAGAAACUCCCUGCUUCAUACCUGGUGGAACAUCUCAGAUGGUGCUCCUCUAAAACAACUUUCAGUUCAAAAGACAAUGUGGCCCAGUUGAGCAUCAGUGGGAAUGAAGAAGUGGAGCAGUAGGUGAGAUUGUAGCUAUGGAUUUCAUCACUAAAGACUUUAUGAACUGAAAUUUUAAGAACAGGCCAUGAACCCAGAUGUUCAGUCACAAAGCUUUUGGCUUCUUCAGUUGGAAGAUACAAGUUCACAAAAAACACAGUGUUUUUUUCAAAUAUCGGUUUGGUACGCAACAAUGACUUCACUAUGUACUUAAAGAGUGUUCCACAUGUCCAUGAUACACAGGUUGGGCCACUCUUAAAUUCUGAUGUGUUCUUGCCAGUGCCUUAAAGUUUGAGACAGGGUAAUAGACUAGUUACAUGAGGGCAAAGUUUAAUCUGGCUCACCCUCGGCAUGGAGCACAGAUAUUAAAAAGCAUUUGAUAAAUGCAUUAGGCAUUAACUUCUAUUUCAUAUUUCAGUUUCUGUGCCUGCAUUGGGCUUCGUGCCCUGAGUGCCAGCCUGAGGGCUGAGAGUGAGAUUGUCAGGUGGGCACUUCUACCUGUAGUAAUAAGAGCUGUACAGGGUAAUACUAGCAACUCUUGCCAAUGCCCCAGCUAAGGAAAAGUGAACUAGCUGUCCUGCCUGACAUGUGAGAGAAUGCUAGUCACUGGAGCAUUUUGAUACCAUAACCAGGAUUUCAGUAUGUCACUUUUUCUGGUAACUGGGGAGAGAUGGAUGUGCUCUCUGUUACUCCGCACCACAGGGUGGGCAAGAGCCAAGUUAAACACAGGUUCUCUUCUACAGAGCACAUGCAGCUGGGGUGGUAGGGAGAGAAAUAGUAACUUGGUGGCCAAUCUAGUGACAGUUAAAGACCUCUAUUAAAGUCCAUCUAAGUGUGGAACUAUUGCUGCCUAUAAUUUGACUUGCAUAGUAGAAUGGUCAGGUAUUUAUGCCAAAUUCUUAAUAUGUAUAAUAUGUCAUACUGUAGUGCUUACUGCUGGACUUUGUGUCUUGAAGCUCAGAACCAGCUAAAUAACUAUAUGGAUUUGUAUUUAUUUUUUGUAAAUGCAUUGUGUCCAAAAUAAGUACAAUUUAAAUGCCAUCCUUUGAAGCAAAGGCAUUUUACAUUGACAGAUUUUGUAUUUUUAUCCUCGUAGUUUCUUUUUAAACUUGAAACAAUCAAGCUAAAUAAAGCAGUUCAGUAUUUUU